AUGACCGAGACUGCAUCCGACAUGGACUCGAGCCAUACAGGGCGGAACUACGAGCGUAAAAUUGAUUCCAUGCGCGAGGAAAUCAAGCAAAUGAGGGAAUCGCUAGAGACAUUAAUCCACCAAGGGGUGACUAUGCAGAAGCCAGAACGCCCUCCUACCCCGGGUCAUGUUAACCAGAUGCGAGCCGCCGACAGUGGCAGCAGCCCAGCUAUGGCAGCUUUACCGCCAGGAGCAGAGGAUAAUAUGCGCAUGGCCAUGACUAGGGAAAAUUCCCCUGAUCAAACCAGCAAUGGUGAGCAGGGCCCUGGCGGCUCGGUCAACGUUGAGGAGCCCAUGGGUAGUCUCUAUGAAGUCACGCGGCUGAGGAAUAUCCGCAGUAACAAGGCCAAGACUGCUCGGUCGCAAGCUGGCGGUAACAGGGAAGUAAACGACUUUAUCUCGAGAGGUGUCAUCUCGUUGCCUGAAGCUGAAGAUUUAUAUCGAAGCUUCCAUACAAGCCUCAAUCACUACCUGUGGGUAGGACUCGAACAGACACACCCAAGCUUUGCAGAUAUAAGGAAAUCUUCCGAGCUCCUCACCGCUACGAUCCUGACUGUUACUGCACUCCAUAUACCGACGAGCGCCGAGACCUUUGACAAGUGUUACAAGGAAUUUCUGGCCUUGACUUCCAGUUCCAUGUUCAGUCGCUAUCACAAUAUUGAUGAUGUGCGCGCCUUGUGUAUUGCCGCAUUUUGGCUUUCCGAGGUCUCUUGGAAACUAUCAGGCCACGCCAUACGGAUCGCAACCGAGCUCAACGUCCAUCAAUCCUUUUCAAGGGCCUUGGAGGGUGACAAGGAGCAUUUCCUGAGGGCACGCUUGUGGUACAUGCUCUACGUCUGCGACCACCACUUCUCCAUCGCCUACGGGAGGCCACCCAUGAUUGCCGAGUCCCUGCAGAUUCGAGAACACGAACUAUUCCUGCAGUCCCCCUUUGCCGACGCCCUGGACCGGCGCAUUCUCUCGCAGGUCGCGCUCAUGCAGAUCCUGACGCGCAUCUAUGACCGCUUUGUCGAGCGCAAGCUGCCGCUCCAGCACUCGACGGCGGGCGCCAUGCUGAGGGACGAUAACCACAACGGGGGCGAUGGCGAGGGCGAGAGUGAUUUCGCCGACUUGCGCAACUUCAACCUCGAGAUUGACCAGUGGCGUAUGCGGUGGAACGCGCGGCAGGAGAACAACCGCUUCAUUGGCUCGUUCCCACCCAAGGGCAUCAUUCUCUACUCGUACUUUGCCAAGCUACAGCUCAACUCGCUCGCCAUCCGCGGCGUGAGUCUGUCGCAGGGACGUCUGUCGACCGAGCGCAAAGAGUUUGCCAACAUGGCCAUCUCGGCCGCCGCCAGCAUCCUGACCUUUGUGCUGGAAGAGGAGGACAUGCGCCGGGCCCUGGUCGGCACCCCGCUCUACGUUCACACCAUGAUUGCCUUUGCCUCGGUAUUUCUGAUGAAGGUUGCUACCAAAUGGAACCGCAUCAUGGGCCUGAAUGUCGAGUCCAAUUACGUGUCUCAUCUGCUGGAGCGCAUGAUUCUACUUCUCAAGAACUCCGUCACCUCGGAGAGGCACCUCCUGUACCAUAUCGCGUCUGGUCUAGAGAAGAUGUUGGAAAAUCUGGGUAAAAUAUCAAAGAAACAACCCAGACAAACUCAAGAGAUGGGCAUCGGCGUCUCGCCAGAUUCCGUCAUAAGCUUCGGACCCAUGGGAUAUGGCCCAAGCCCGGGACAUCAAGCACCAGCGAUUGAGAAUUCGAACAAUGAUUUUGCGACUGAUGAAAGUGUGGCUUGGGAUCCGUAUACGACUGGAGUACAAGGGCCGAGGCAUAAUUUUCUGGAUGACUUGGCCAUCAUGAAUGAUAGCCUCAUCUACGAAGCGUUUGGGAGCGACUCGGCAAAUGAUGUAUAUAACCUAUUGACGAGCCAGUUCUCGUAUUGA